CGGCGUUAGUCCGCAAGCCAGCCUCCAUAACCUCGCAUCCGCAACGAAUCAAUUAUGAUUUUAGCUCGCAACUUGCGGCGAACUCACCGCUAUCUAUUGCCGAUGACCAUCGCUACUAUCCGGUCCCAUCUUCUCGCGAUUCACAACCUUGCACCCGUGGAACUCUCGCUCAUCAGACAGCACUGGUUAUACGAAAUAGCUCGGGACGCUAUUCAGAUCGCGUGUAUCCUUGCGCUUCAAGAUCCCCGAUGGCGAAAGCAUCGCCUUCGUCGUGCGCUGGAAUGUCACGAUCCUAUGCUUUGGAAAUUGUGCAGCAUCCCGUUAGAGUCGCUGAGUGUGGUGAUGCGACCCUCAGCAGACUUCCUGUCGCGCCCCCGCCCAUCGUCAAACUGCAGAUCACAGGUGACACAGAGAGGACUAGUGUCGACGAAACGGACCUUCCCUUCCUUGUCGCACAUUUGUCUCUGCUCAACAAUGAGGACCCUAUUUCUGGAGACGCUGACUCAAGAGGCCAAUUUGUCUCGCAACACAGUCGAUUGUACGGAAGCCUUGUCUCCUCUCCUCAUAUCCUGCAGAAUCUCCAAGGGAAGCAGGGCAUAUAUUUCCUCUUUCCAGACGUCAGCGUCAGGCAGCGAGGACAAUACAGGCUUUGUGUGAGGCUUCUUAGGCUGCCUAUGUUGGAUACGGCCGGAAGGUUCGCCAUGGAGAGCCCACAAGCUGUGCUUGCACAAACCCGAUCACUAGCGUUUGAUGUGGUAUCACGUAGUGAAUAUGUGGCACCGGCGCAGACACCGCUUUCACAAUAUUUCCAUCAACAAGGAGCAAGAAUGUACUCUUUUGCUAGAUCAACCCACCCUCAUGCAUACUCCGUUCAUGGGUGACAUAUCAAUUGUUAUAAACAAAAAUCAUUGAAACCUUGUCUGUCCUUGUGGCACCAGGUAGGCCACACGACAGAUCAUUUGAGACUGACAUAUCACAUGAUCUGUAGCGUCAUUUAGUGCUAUGAAAAAUUUACCUUCCUGUAAAUGUGAUCACUUCAUUACUAC